ACUCCUGACUAGGGUCAGUUUGGAUUAAGCUGAACAUGGAUUAUUAUUUUGUAAUAAAUUUUAAACUGCUUUUUCCUUAAACUGCUCAUAUGCAAUGGUUAAAGUUUAUUGUACUGUAUGCCAUAAACGAUGUAAAGGUGAUGUAUUGAAAAUUGAACAACAAUUUGUACACUACAAAUGUUUUCAGUGUAUAAAAUGUCGAAAAAAUUUAAAACAAGGUGGUUUCUUUGUUAAAGAUAAAAAAUUCUACUGUCCAAAUGAUUAUCAGACAGAAUAUGGUGUACGCUGUGAAGCAUGUCAUAAUUAUGUUGAAGGUGAAGUUGUAACAGUAUUGGGGAAGACAUUUCAUACUCAUUGUUUCCGGUGUACAACAUGCAGACGUUUAUUCAAUUCAGGCGAACGGACGACAAUACUCGAUGGAUCUUAUUAUUGUAUGUCAUGUUCAUCAAAUUUUACAAAUGGUGGUAGUGUAACACAUAACACUGUUGGCGGAGCUGCUACUGCUGCUGGCGGUAAUACCAAUGGUGUUGAUUUAGAAGUUAACAGAUCCUCUUCUUCAUCCUCACCAUCAAGUACUUCUUCGCCAUCAAAAAUAAACCAUUUUAAUCCAUUAUCUAGUCAAUCACAUACAAUGCCACCAAUAAUAAUGUCAUCUACACCUUUGCACUCUUCGAAUAAUAAUAAUAAUAAUAAUAAUAACAUUGACAGCACUACUAUUGAUGACAAUCAUCACUCUCAUGGACUUAAACAACAAAAACAACAAACACAGAGUAAACAACCAGAACGUUUCAUAUCUAAUACGAAUCUGAAGUCAUUCACUUCACUUAAUGACCAAUUAAGUGUACAAAUACAUGAAAAUGGUUGUUCAAUUCCCGACAGUGAAUACCAUAAACAGAAAUUGGAAGCACAAGGUCUGGGGCCAGUUACCAUAGAUACCAUGUUGUCAACUACUCCUGGACAAACAAUAUCACCUAAUUCAUACACGCCAUCAUCAUAUGAACGACGGACUUGUCCACCACAUGUUGAUUAUGGUCGUCAGUAUCCUAUAUCAUAUCUUCAGUUAGCAGAGCAAGGUUUUACAGCGAUAAUGAGCAAUGAUGAGUUACACCCUAGUGCGACUGAAAAUGUAGGUCAUCGGUCUAGGUCAUUAGCAAGAUCUUUCUUCAGUCCAAUCCAUUCAUCGUCAUCAACGUCAAGUCAUCAGCAUGUAUCACGACGUGAUGUUGUUCGUUCGGUGACUAGUAGCUCAAUACCAUUUAGGCGUUUGAAUGAGCUUGAACAAACACAUGAUGGUAGUCCAACAAAAGUACCAAAUCAUUAUGACAAUACUAUUGCAUCUAAAUCUGUUGGUGCCAAUACACCAAUCUCAUUAACUGGCCGACCAAAGCGUGAUAUGUAUGUACGUCAGCGACAACUUUCUCCGGGAUCAUCUUCUCUUGGUUCCAGUGUUAUGGGAUAUCGUCGAUCAGAAAGGUUGAAUGCAUCUACACUACCACCAGGAUUAGAGAAUUUACGCCAGUCUACAGGUCGUUAUUCUUGUCGAUCUACUCCAAAUGUAACUGGAAAACGUGGAAUGACUCAGUUAGCUGAAUCGCUUGUACGACCUCGAGUUGAUCGUACUGCUAGUCCACCAUCUGCUGCAGUUUAUUGGUCUGAAGCUAGGCGACUAGCUUCAUAUCCGAAUGCUCGUUUGCCUGAUUCUAACAGUCUACCAGCUAUUGAACGAUACGAUUUCCCUGCUCCACCGUCACCAGCUGUUGUCAUGAUUGAUAAACGUCGUGAAAAACGUAUGACAGGUGUACAAUCCAUUGGUUUAGAUAGUCGAGAUGGUACACUAAGAAAUAGUACAAUGACAUCAACUGAUACUGAUUGGACUGAUCGUGAUCCUGCUAUGAAUGCUAAAUUGGAUCGUAUUGAUGCUGAGAUUGAAACAUUGAAACGAUUAGGUGAAAGCUCCGGUAUCACUGCAGCACUAAUUCAAGAAUUGGAAGCAAGUAAAUUACAAGUACAUGCAGUCGAUUUGGAUCCAAUUUCAGCUUCACGAUCACCGAAUGCAAAUGUUGAACCCGGUUAUAAAACUCGCUAUAGACGGCAUGGGUAUACAUGUAAGUCUUUUUUUUACUUUAUUCUGUAUCUUGAUUAACAUCUCUUACUGAAUAAUGUUUCUUUGCUCCAACGUUUUUGAGAAUGCUAAUUGUACAGUCAACUCUAUCCCCUCUUGUUUGAAUUAUUGUGAUUUUUCCUUGACAACAUCUGUAAAAUGUUAAAUGAUGUUAAUUAUUCAUAAAAUGCAAUUUGUUUGUUUGAUAUUAUUUUGGGCCAUUUGAUGUAAUAAAUCAUAUUUCACUUUGU